CCUCUCCAUAUUUUUACACAUUCGAUCAAGCAGCGAAACAAUGAUUACACCGCGAUUCAGCGUCCGCCAGGACGAAACACGGGUGUAUGUUACGAUACAUGCGCCUCACGUACGUGCCCAGACGAUAGAAUUUGACGUUGAUGAAGACCAGUUCAAGUUAUUUGCCAGUCCCUACUAUCUGCGCCUGACUUUUCCCGGCAAAGUGGUUGAGGACGAGGCGGCAACAGCCUCACUAGAUGCAGCAAUGGCGACAUUCUGCAAGCAAACUCCCGGAGAAGAAUUUAAAAACCUCGACUUGCUCACAAGCCUGCUAGCGACUAGGCGCGAACGGGAGUCAGAGCAGACCGAGAGCGAUGGCCGUGCUGGGCGUCCGGGCAUUGAAGAAAUUGCGAUACUUAACGAUGAGGAGUUUGAGUGGGAAAUCCCUCAGUCGCUUGCCAACCCAGAUACUGACACAUUGCUCAUGGGAUCGGCAAAAUACGGUUUCAACGAGCAAUACGUUGGAUUUUUGGAGCAUGUUCAUUCGACAGCCAAUGAGAUCAACGAGGUAGAGGACCCAGAAAAUAUGUCUGCUGAGGAUCGGCGGCAAAGACGGGACAUCCAGCCGCUGAUUCAGUACAAGACGGCAAUGUACUCCACUCUGCGCCAGAUCCAAAAGACCAACAAGGAUGAUACUACCGCGGGGGUGACCAGCACGAGCGGCGGCGAUUCCAGUACCAAUAACCUGAUAGCCCAGCUCGAGUUUACCGACGAGGAAAAGAAGACAAUGAUGGAUCUUCCACGCAAAUCACAUAUAAUUGCCAACCGGCAGGCCGUAUAUCUCGGCCUGGUGGACAUAGUGUUUGCUUAUUCCCUCGAUCAGCGUGCGAAUCUGGGGGAGUCCACGGUGGAAUCUGCAUGGGCAAUUGGCGCGGUGUCACCCUCGCUAUCAAACUUGGAGCAGUUUACUACCUUGCAGUCCGUCCUUGUCGGUUGCUUCCGCCGUGGGCUGGCGUACCCGCUUUACCGCAAUUGGGAGCUCUGCGAGAAGGCGCUCGAGGAUGUGUACGUGGUUUUCAAGCUCGGCCGCCGCGCGUUGCUAAAGACCAUGCUCCAAGUCAAAGAGUUAUUUGACAAGCACGACGUGUUCUACGUUUAUAGCAAAAUAUUCCUAGACGACUAUUGCGUGUGGCUGCAGACCCAGGCUAGCGACAAGGCGAUCCGUUCACUGGCUCAUAAGCUGCACAGCUUUGAAGUCGAAAAGGAUGAUAUUGGCUGGAAUCUGGACGCCUUCGAGGACCUUGCCUUGCAAACCUCCGAGAGUGAGGCUGAGGAGGAUAGCGAAGUUGUGGAUGCUGAAAUGGGAGAGAUGGCUGGCGAAGUAGAUUUUGGCGAGGAGCAUGUUGACAACGAUUCCGCCCACUUGGAGGGGCUAUCACUCGCUGCACAGGGCCGUGUGCAACCAAGCGAGCAGCAGGUUGAAGAAGUGCAGUCAAGACGGAAGCUGGUGCAAAUUAUUGGCGGCGACAACGACAACAUUGUUGACACUGAAACUUCCUCCAACUCUAAUGUUGGCACUGAUGUUGGCGCUAGUGUGAACGCUGGUAAGGACGCCAAUGCGGACGCUGCCCAGGCGAUAUCUGCGUGGGAUAAUGACACUGUUCAGUCGCCUGCCACUGCGCUUCUUUCGAGUAUUAUGCAGUCGGGCAGCGCUAGCGGAAACGAUACCAAGAGUCCGCGCAAGAAGCCGCUCAUUGAGCUCAUUGACGACAACUAAUAUUGUGUUCCCUGAGAUAGUAAAUACAUUUAUUUUUU